CAUGCUAUGAAUUUGUUGCCGUCCCGGCGGCCAGUAGGCUGCUGGCCGUCACACUCACACACACACACACACACACACACACACACACACACGCACACACACACACACACACGGCAGGUGUUUCUGUCGGUUUCACGUUAUCGGCCCUCGCGAUGCCUUUGAUGUGGUGCUCGGUGCCGCCGCGUCGAGCGCGUGCAUCCGAUCCCUACGGCGGAUCGAUCAUGUAGAGAUCAGUCUCGUGUGUGGAGAGGGAAGUUUACCUCCAGCGACCUGAGUGAAGGAGAGAGGCGGAUAAAUUGUUCGGCGGAUUACACGUCGUGGUCGCGUCCGACAUGAAACUGUGAGGUCGUGCAUGCGGCAGUCUGGUGAGACAUGAUGGAGGAGGCUGCCAGCCAGCUGGAGAGAGACCAUGUGCACAGCGUCUAUGACAAGAUUGCACCAUAUUUCAACGACAGCCGCUAUAAAGCCUGGCCCAAGGUACGACAGUUCCUGCUGGACCUGCAGCCGGGGAGCAUCGUCGCUGACAUUGGUUGUGGGAAUGGCAAGUAUCUCCACAUCAACCAGGAGGUGUUCAAGCUGGGGUGCGAUGUUUGUCGCCCCCUGGUGGACUACGCCUGGAGCCAAGGACACGAGGUCCAGAUGUGUGACAGCUUACAUUUGCCUUACAGAGACGGCUGCUUUGACGCUGUGCUCUCGAUUGCAGUCAUCCAUCAUUUGUCCACCAAAGAACGCCGUAUUAGAGCAAUAAAGGAGAUGGCUCGCACCCUGCGAGUGGGCGGACGCAUCAUGAUCUACGUGUGGGCCAUGGAGCAGAAACGCCGUAAGUUUGAGAAACAGGACAUCUUCGUUCCCUGGAACCCAAACCCUCAGUCACCCCCAGUCAAACCCAGGCAGAGAGCCACGGCUCAGAGUGUGAGUGAAGCCAUAGACAACAGCGACAAGCACAGGAAGGUUAGAAGCACAUCAUCGGUGGCAGACGAAGAAGACCUGAGCUGCACCGCGCCUCAGCAGAGCACCCAGAGACUGUGGUUCUUCUCCAGGUCUCUGGAUUCUGUCUUUGACUUUGGAAGCUUAGCCAUCUCUCGCUCGUCCUCCAGAGACAUGAGCACUUUAUCGUCACCCGUGGGGGAGAACGAGGGGAACAAGGCCCGCCAGCCGGGGAGAGGGCGAGGCCUCAUCAAACAGGUUUCAAACUUCUUCUCCCCGCCUUCUGUUAUCGGAUCAGAGGAGGACGUUUUUGACUCGGUCACAGAUUUGCACAAGGGACACAAUGAUCCUGAACGCAACACUAACAACAACUGCGUGGGAGACCAGAGUGUGUCUGUAUCUUUAGCCAAGGAGUGUGGCUCUCUGGCCCUGCCAGAUCUGGUUUCCUUCCAGAAGGAGCACCUGAAGCAGUGUGAAGAGGAAAGUGAAGGAGUGCCGCAAGGAAAUGAGCAGUCGGAAAGUACAAGGAGCCUCGAGGGGAGCGUGGAGCAGGUGCAGGGCUCCUGCCUGAGGUACUAUCAUGUCUUCAGGGAGGGAGAACUGGCAGAGCUGAUAGAGAACCAUGUGGGAGAGCUUCAUGUCAAACACACUUACUUUGACCACGCCAACUGGUGUGUGGUGGCAGAGAAAGUGCAGUUAUGGAAGAUAUGAUUUCAACUUGUUUGGUUUCAUUUUGCUUUGACUCUGCCUCAAGUUUUAGCACUGAACGACUUUUACACUCUGAAACUAACAAGUAUAGAAAUAUACACAAAUAGCAAGUGUUAAAACAACCCCUCAACCAAACCACUCCACUGCUGCAACUCUCUGCUUCACUCUUUUAGGUGCUGCAGCCACUUGUGUGAAAGACAUAUGCGUUUUGGCAGUAAUGAUAAUGUUUCACAUGGUGUCACUAAAAGUUUAGCAGCAGCAGUGGAGGAAGCACAGUGGAGGAUGGGUGUGCUCAACAAUGGCUACCGCUGUAUAAUAAACCACAUUAUAAAGUAUUUAUUUCAUUUCAAUACAAGCAGUAUACAGUGUGUGUUCUAUUUUAAUGUCAAUAACUUGUUUUGUUUUUUUAAACCAGAGCAAGCACCCAUGCUGCUAAUAACUUUAUCUCUUUUAAAAGAGCAAGGGAAUGUUAAGAAAUGCACUGUUUGUCUCUUAGGACUUGAAUAUUGGUUUAAGAGUGAUUUAUGACACUACAGUAUACUCUUCCAUCUCCUCUUGUUUUAUUACAGCGGAAAGAUUUUUACUUUGUUCUUCACAAAUGCACGUUCCUUGAUUCAAACUUUGAGGAGCUUAACUUUGAUGAGCUUGUUUUAUUGGUGGACUUUGUGUAAACUUCUCUUGUGUAACUCUAUCAUCAGAAAAGCUUGAGCAGAAUAUCUUUGUCGAGGAACAUGCUGCAAGUGUGUCUGUGCGUUUUUGUUCUUCGUAAAAGCUGUGUACUGUCUUGUGUUCAAGCAACAAGCUGAACGUCACUGCUGGUAAUGUUUCAGCCAAUCAACUGCCUCAUGUACUGUGAAUAAACAUUGCACUGUAUCAUACAGUAUGCCGCUGCUUGAUGUCUAUAAAUGACAUCAGAUGUGUGAAACUGAUAUUCUGUACCCGUCAUGCCAAGGACGCUGCAUAUACUUAUCUGUACAGUAAAUGUUUCUUCUAAAGUGACACCGGUACCUUCAUGUUUUAUGUGACCUUAGGUCAAUUUUACUUUAUUUUUCUUAAUAAAUAUUUUUUAUAGUAGUUGUUUUGUUGU